AGGCAUUGACCAAAUCUCCAAGCUGCCAUCCCGUGGCGCCAUGUUGGCAAUCCGGCCAGCGCGCUGCCGCCCGCGCCGCCCAAUCCUGGAUGAUAAGUACGGCGUCUUCAGCUUAACCCGUCUUAUCAAAAUGCCAAAGUCGUCAUAUAAGCAAUUUGUCAAACGUCAUUUAACCAACUGAACUCCGUCCUCUCUUCCGUAAUUUCUUCCAACUAUCGGUACUUUUUCCUCUCUCCCUCUGUCCGAUUUGUCAACGCCUUCCACUAACUGCAUACUUCCGGUUAUAUAAAGCCCUUUCUUUGUACCUCGAGAGCAAGAUAUUUAGCGAUGAAGCUUGUUUGGUGCCCGGAGACGGCUUUCAAGGCUUAUAUAGACACGGUGAAAGCUGCACAGAUGAGGGAAGAUGUGGAAGACAGCGCUGCGGCGGAGCUCGUGGCGGCGAUGGCCGGAGGGUGGAACGCGAAGCUGAUCGUCGAGGCUUGGGUGAGAGGCGGCGGGGCGACGACGAGCGUAGGUUUAUCUGAGGCCGCGAGGCAUACGUGUGGGCGACACGUGUGCGUUCUGCCGGACGAGGAUGCGGCGGAGGACUAUGCGGAAGUGGUGGGGUCGGAUGCGGCGGAGGUUGUCGUGGGGGAGGCGGAGGAGGUGAUGAGGGAGUUGAAAGGUGUGGAGUUGUUGGUAGUGGAUUGGCGGCGGAGGGAUGCGGCGAGGAUAGUGAGGGAGGUGAGGCCGGGGGUGAGGGGGAUGGUGGUGGUUUGCAGGCAUGCUGGUGGCGGGAAGGGGAGGCCGGAGUUGGCGGUGGCGGAUGACGGGAGGAGGGUGGUGAGAACGGUGUAUUUGCCGGUUGGGAGUGGGGUGCAGAUUCUGCACGUCGGAGUAGGGAAAGGGGCGACCGUUUCGGGAGGAGACCUGGGGCGGUGGAUACGGCACGUGGAUCGGAAGACGGGGGAGGAGCACGUAUUCCGGCGACGGUGAUGAUUAUCGAGUUUAUAGGAAAGUGUUUGUUUGAGAUUUCUGCUUCUGCGUUUUGAAGAUAUGUUUUUUGGUCUUUUUUUUUUUUUAAUUUGUAAAUAAGAAAGUGGGUUUUAUGUG